UGUGAAAUUUUAAUUCCAUGUCAAGGUUGCAGGUACAGAUUGGUUAACAAACGAGGUAUUUUCCAGUCCCCUGGCUUCCCUAAUAAAUACCCGGAUGGACAGCUGUGCUUGUGGAGGAUCAUGGUCCCUGAUAAUCACACCGUAAGCGUCUUCUUCACAAACUUUUCUCUCAAUGGCAGUAAUUAUGAGGACUAUUUACGAUUCUCUACUAAGAUUAAUGGCACAUAUCGUGUGAAUGAAACACAUUAUGGCGUAAAACAACCGUUCAAUGUCACAGCGACUUCUGAAGUAAAGUUCUUGUUUCGGUCGAACAAAGAGAGCAACAGCUAUGGAUUCAGAGCAGAAUAUCACGUGUUUACAUAACGUGGCGACAAUACAGAGCAACGCCAGAACCCCAAUACAGGAACAACAACACCACCGACAAUCACAUCAGGGGGUAUGAUUCAAUCAACGAUGCAAGCAAACGCAAAGCCAUCAUCUAGUAACUCGGACAAUGGCGCUUAUAAGAAAUCUGACUCGACGACCUCGCUCGGUCGGACUCGAACUAUUACAGCCAUAAUGAUACCGCUGGCCUUUGGUACGAUUGGUAUUCUACUUGUUAUUGUGAUACUUUAUCGAUGCAGGACAAGUUAUACAAAUACUGCUAAUGAUGCUCCAGAGUACCAUGUACUAGAGCCUAUCGUAAAUGACGUCCCUGAUGACAGGCAGAUGUACCAAACACUAUCACGUGACCAGCAACCCGAAUAUGAAGCUCCAAACUACUCAAAACACACAAGUGAUUCAAAUAUUGACCCCGGUAUCCCAGAAUACCAUGUGCUCGAGCCCAUGGACAAUAAUGUCCCUGACGUGGUGUACGAUGUGUUAGAGGGACCUAAUCCUAAUGAUGGACCAUCUGGUGACCAAACGCACCUGGCGGUGGACGAACAAACUACCCACAAUCCUUUGUACCAGUAGAACAACAUUGCUACCGUGACGCAAAACCCACUGUAUGUCAUUUCAGACAGAUAAUUGCCUGAAACAUAAUGAACUUCCUCUAACGAUAUUACUUAAUUUUAACCGUUUUGUAGUGGAUUUUUAAAUCAUUUUAGCCUUUUAAGACUGUUUAUCUUGUAAUUUGUUUUUGGAAAAAAACCUCAACAUUUUAAAACAAUUUUCGUAAAAUUAGUUCAUGUUACUAACAGGGAAGAGCCAGCCUGUGAAUCUGUUAAUAAUUAUAAUAUUAUAAGAUAUUUGUAUCAUCAUUAUGUUUAUAUUACCGUUAUCUCCAAUAAAUCUGAUAGUUUAAUAUCAUUA